UUAUUUUCAAACAUUCCAUUCUUUUAUGUUUUCAUUUUUCCCUAAUUUUCCAUUAACCAAAUCAAAAACAUGGCACACCAUCAUGCUCAAAAAGGUGAGGACUUGGAAAGAAACGACGGGUCCUCAGAGAGACCUUACUUCAUGUCUCCCGAGCUGCACGAGAUCCUCUCCAAAACAAAGCAUGUGGAGGAAGAUCGCGAUGGCGUUGAGGAGGUGGACGCUGCUAAACAAGUGGACGAGGUGAAGCUGGAGGAGGAGACGCCUCUUCAGCAGCAGGACGGAGAGAUACAGCUGAAACAGCAGACGAUGCUCAAGCAGGACAAUGAGGAGGAGCAGCCUCUGCAGUCCAAGAUGGACGCCGAAGAAGAGCCAAACGAGGAGGAGAAGAAGGAGGAGCAAAAAGUCAGUCCAGCAGAGGAGACCGAAAAGAAGGAAGAGCCAGUGAUUACAGAAGUGGCAGAACAGCAGGAGUCGAAAACAGAAGAGAAGACUGAGGAGGUUGCAGCUGUGGAGGCUGAGAAACAGGAGCCUGGUGAAAAGAACGAGGAAAAAGAGGAGCUUAAAGAAGAUAAUCCUCCGGCUGCACCAAAGGAGUAGACGAUGCAAAACAACUGAGGCCCCUCAUGAAGCUUAAACAAUGAAAGAUGUGCAACGUUGUGAUAUGGACCUGUUCAAUGUACGGCAUAAAACAUGCUAAAAUUUCUGAUCGCCUUGCUAUGUGAGUGGAGUGACGUCCGUGUGGAGACGGUUGUGAAGGUCGAAGCAGGUUUAAAAGCCCAGUGCAUCUCUGUAGCUUGAAAAAAAGAAAAAGAAAAACGCUCUUGUGUUGGUUUUAGAACAGUGUUGGUUUUUAUAUUGUGAAGAUCUGUAGAACUUUGUGAGUGCUGAACCUGUGCCUGAUUACUGUCACUGAUAUUUGUUGUCUUAAUCUUGAAUGCACUACAGAACCACUUAAGUACCGUGUUUACAGUCGGAAACAAACGCAUCUCAACCAACGGUGAAUCUCUUUCACUGUUUACAAUAAUACCAGCUGACGCCAAAAUGUUACAGACAUAUUUAAUAUACUGUGUGAAUAUUGGGUCUUUCUUUUUUUCCUAUGGAACUCGUGUAUAUACAGUAGUGUACGUCUGUUAUGUAUUUUUUGGCUUCAGUCUACUAGAGAUCCUCGCCAAGACAGGAUCCCGUAUAUUGUAUUGCCACCUACUUGCCUUGGUAUUCCGGACUGGCGUAAUUGCUGUGAUUGUGUCGCCAUGAUGCAACCAUCAUGACCUCUCGGAUUCUACGGAUUCUCCCCUCCCUCACCUGUUUACUGAGUCCACCUGCCUUGCUCUGUCCCUCCCCUCGGUCUGUCUCUCUUUCUUAAGUGCUGCAUGGUAUUGACAUGGCCUUUCUGAAUGCUCGCAACUAACAUCUUAAAUCUCUGGAUGCUUUUGUACCUUUUAUCUCUUGUUUGCCACCUUGUGAAAGAUGUAAGUUAAAUUUUUUCCACUGAAAUUUACUGAUGACAUUCCAUGGUUAUUGGAUGUAAAUCUUGAUUAAAGGUGAUUGUAUUUAAA